AACUUGGAUGGUGCUAAAAUAAAAGUUUGAUAGUGCAUCUCAAGUGACCAGGGAUUCCUGUUCUCACAGAUUUGGCAAUAGAUGUAGCUGGAUGACUGUGGAGAGCAACUGAACAAUAAUGAAAGAGACGUACUACAUGAUCACUUUCGCGUGAUUAGAAUAUGUAAUGUAAUGUAUUAUGAUUAUAUAAUAAAUGUAUAAUGGUGCUUUUAUUGCCUGAGCUGUAAACCUCUACUUGAUUUUUAGGAUCAUUCAACUCACUAUACAAAAAUGGAAUCAGGAGACCAAGUUGAACCUCCCGUGUGGCUAAACGACUUUAACUAUGAUAUUUGCUUAAUCCACUCAGACAAAAAUUCCUUUGCGGAUGUGUUGACAGCAUACUUGAAAGAUAUUGCCAUUCGUUGUUAUCGUCAUUAUCCAUCAGCUCUUGCUGCACACCGACAAGACUAUGAAGACAUCAAUGAUGAGGAGCAUAUUGACCCUGCAAGGUCAUUGAUAGAAGAUGCUCUCAAGACCAGCAAAUUUUUUAUGUUCAUCUUCAGCCAUGACUUUAUGGAUACCGCCAGUCAGUUUCAUCAUGACAACUCCGAAGGAGUGGUACUACAUCAUUUUGCACCAGAUGAUCCCGUCCACACAAGUAUUGAGCUACCAAACUUGCUGCCUAUCCUAGAUGGAACUGAACAAGAUCAGCUCAAGCAGUACUCAAAGGCAAUGGGAUCCAAAAUACCUAUCAAUACUGCAAUUGGAGCUAAACGUCUUUCCGAGAUGUUUUUCAAGAAACUGACUGGUCAAAUGCCUGCAGCAAAUUUCAAACUUCAAGACUAUCUCAAGAAAAAGAAGCACUCUAAUUGACAACGCAAACAAGCUAUAACUACAUCGUUCUCUGGUUAGGUUGAUGAAAUUAGCUCUGUGCACACUUUAGUUAUCAAUCACAGAAGAAAUUAAAACUGUUGGAUUAAUGUGAAUGCUGCUGCCUUUGUGUGUGUUAAUCUUUGGUCAAUACAUGUAUGGCAAAACAAAGAGUAUUUCGA